AUGCAAGAUUUACCACCAAUAGGAGGCUAUGACCCUAUCCAAUGGAAGAGAAACUUACCAUCACGUGGAUUUUCCGGCACAACGUACUUUUUCGGAAUCCUAGCCGUUAUGUCAUUUGGUUUUUAUCGUUAUUACCAAGGUGUCAAUGAACAACGUGAACUAACUAGAGAAAAGAAAUGGGCUAGAUUUCAUUUGGAGCCUUUGCUUUUAGCUGAAGAGGAUAGGAAUAUUGCUAGACGUUAUUUUGCUGAAGAAGAAAGGCAGAAAUUGAUUAAAGAAAGUGCUAGUGAUGAGGUUAGACAACAUUUGGAUGAAGAUUUGUAUCAUGAUAAGAGUAAGUUUAGAUUCCCAAGAUAUGUUCCUGGCCUUAAUCCAAAAGAUGUAUGA